AUUUAUAGGUAAAAAAGUGGAUUCCGGGCCCCUAGCCUUCUAUGGGCGAAUAGAGGCACUAAUGGGCUGAGUACAACACUUAGUAAAUAAAAUAGGGGAAUAUAUUCUGCCAGGACGAAGUCUGGCCGAUGCGGCACACUUUGGCCGAUGCGGUCCAUAGCCGAUGCCUUUAGGAGCCCGGGUGAUAUCCUCUUCCUUGGCCGUUGUGGGCCUCUGGCCGAUGCGUGCCACGUGGGUGCCCUGCUGGCGUCCUUUGGGCCGUUGAGUAUGUGGGCCAUGGGGUCGAGGCCCAUAUACUCUAUCACUCAGUUUUACCAUGAAGCAUUAGGAGGGCUGUGCCAUAUCUUCCCUUUCAUACAACCAGUUUCAUACCAUAGGAUUUCAAAAAAAAAGCAACAUGUGAAAGAGACACAAUUUGUUAUUUCCUGGGCAUUCAAGUCUUCAAGAUACAAAGUUAGUCUAGACAAUAGUCACCAAAGUUCGCGAGUUAAGAAAUACAAAUAUCUUUUAAAUUCUUGACUCGCAAAGGUGGGGAGCAAAGCACAGACCCUUGAUCACAUUUAUAAAAACCUUUGAGUAAACUGCGAUAAUCUCCCAAUUACCAAUACCAAUGGUGAUGAUCUCCGGCUGCAACAUUUGAUUGAGGUUUGUUCCCAUAGGAUUUUCUCGGCCAUAACCAUAUUACUGACCGAGGUAUCGAAAAGGCACCUCGGCUUGGAAAGAGAACCACUCCUCUCUAUAUGAGGACACAGUCGACCUAGAGGAAGUAGGGGACUCCGCCUCAGCAACACAUCCAAGGACGAGGAUGACGAGGUACAGACAAGAACCACUACCUUUAAAAUAUGAGCCUGAAACCACGGGCCACACACUCACAACACACCCCCAACCCGACUGAAAUAUACGCCAGGAACAACCUCAACCUAGGCGCCUUCCUAGUUGAAGAUGUUUUUAUUAGCCUACAUGUCGUCUCCGCAUAUGCACAAGACCUUUGCAC